CUUUCUUUCUUCUCUCUCUUCUUUUAUUCGCUCAUUAUUAUUUUUCUAUCCGUCUCUCCUCCCCCCCCCCCCCCCCCCAUUAAUCACUAACUCCAUCCAAACGAGCUCGAAAAAACCAUCAGAACUCAGAUCUUGCAUCAUAAACCCUAGAAUUCAAGACACGACUCCAGCCGUUUGAUCUGAUCAGCUGGGUUGAACUUGGCGACAAGUGAUGGUCUGGAAUGGCCAUCUGUUUCUUGAUUGUUAGAUUAUGAAGCUGUAGUUAUUGCAUAAAUCUUGGCGGGAAUUAUGAAUAUUGUGAAAGGUGUUGCCGACCUUAUUCGUCGGACAUCUAGUGGCCAAACUGGAGAUUCGCCAGGGGCACAAGGGGAGAGGUUGUCUCCUCCUACUCCAAGGAUUCACUUCAGUGAAGUAGAUGAUGAGGCAGUUUUGAGUUCAUUGUGGCAGAGAUAUGAGAACACUGUUGAUAAGGUGGAAAAGAAAAGGUUGUUUCAUGUUUUCCUCAAGCAGUUUUUGACAGUAUUCAACAACUGGGAGCCUGUUAAUGGUGGCCAGUUGCCAGAGGCUGCUUCAACAAUUGUUCAAACUGCUGAGUAUUCUACAGGUGUUAAUGAUAUAGUUGUUGGCUGCUCUGCCGGGCAUCCUGCUGAAAUCAUUUUGACUUUGACUGAAGAGAUCGUGCAGUUAACCACUUUGGUCUCUGAGUUAAAUACUGGUGUGGGACGCACAGCAACAGACCUUCCAGCAGUUUCCAUAAGCUUCACUUCUGAAGGAUUACCUGUUUUGGAUGCUUUAAAAAUUAUUACUCGUUCGUUGCAUAAUUGCAGAGUUUUUGGCUACUAUGGUGGGAUUCAGAAACUUACAGCAUUAAUGAAAGGGGUGGUUGUCCAACUCAAAACAAUGGCUGGUGUACUUUCAGCUGAUGAAAGUUUUUCUAAUUUGAUAGCAGAGAAAAUGGGGUUCUUGCAGCGAGUACUUGUAUAUGUGGUGUCAAUCAUAUGUAGCUUUAUUGAUUUAAAUUCAAAUGUAUAUGAGAAAGCUCAGAUGUACAGUAGUACCAAAGAUUUUUCUGUAAUUGGUGCUUCAUCUUCAAUUGACUUCUCUAAUAGUUUUAAAGGUUCUCUUUCUGAAGCAAGGCUACAUUGGCAUCAGAAGGCAGUUGUCUCAGUAAUGGAAGCUGGUGGCCUUAAUUGGUUAGUAGAGUUGUUGCGUGUCAUCAGAAGGUUGAGUAUGAAAGAACAGUGGACGGAUAUGUCACUUCAGUGCUUGACUUUGAGAACUCUUUGUUUUGCAUUAUGUGAUAAUCCACGUGGUCAAAAUCAUUUCAGAAGCAUUGGGGGGCUUGAAGUUCUAUUGGAUGGGCUUGCACUUCCAUCAAUUAGUAUGCUACUCUUAAAGAGUGCCUCACAUGUUGAUGGGCAAAGAGAGCAAAAUACUUUGCUGAAAAUUUUUGAGCUCCAUGUUCUUUCUUUGGAAGUUCUUAGGGAGGCUAUCUUUGGGAAUGUGAAUAACCUACAGUUUCUAUGUGAGAAUGGUAGAGUUCAUAAAUUUGCAAAUAGCUUUUGUUCACCUGCUUUCAUGCUUCAAGAGUUCAAGCAGCAGAUGAAGGAUUCAGUUCUGCAGGAUGGCAGUCAAACAUCCAUUUUUGACUUAAAAAAUGAUAAUAGUACUGAAAGCUAUUUGGCAGAGCCUUCUGCUCCUUUACUUGAGAACAUUUCUUAUCAUCAACUUUGGAAUGAUUGUGUUGUAAAGUUGAGCAGAGUACUUUGUUCAUUCCUUCUGGCUCCAGAAGAUGUUAAAUUUCGUUAUGGCCAAGCAACCUCUGGUCGGAUUCCCACAUCAAUUUCUUCAGUUUAUGCUGAACUUUCAAUUAAAUGGGUCAUGCGGGUUCUUCUUACAGUUUUCCCUUGCAUUAAGGCUUGUUCCAAUCAAAAUGAAUUUCCAAACCAUUUAUGGUUCUUCAUCAGUACCUUGCAGCAUUGUGUUCUUAAUGCUUUCAGGAAGGUUCUCAUUUCAUCACCUGCAUUGCUUGAAGUGUUUCGCAGAGAGGGAGUAUGGGACCUUAUCUUCUCUGAGAACUUUUUCUAUUUUGGAUCAGCUUCAGAGGAAUUUUCUGAAGAGUUUACUCCAUUCCAUGAGGGCAUUCCAGAAAAUCUUGAAAAAUAUUCUGCUUCUGGGAGCGAUGCUGAUAAACUAAAUUUUGGUGGGAUUGAAAUUAUUCAGAUAGAGGCGAUUUCAUUUGUGGAGCUAGCUGCAACUUCUAAUGGGAGUGUCCAUAACUUGCCUGAAUUGUCUACUUUAUUAGAGGCCCUUGAACAAUCUGCUUGUAAUCCCGAGGUUGCUAGUGUUCUUGCAAAAAGCCUGCUUCGAAUAUUGCAGCUUUCAUCCGAGAAAACCGUUGCUUCCUUUAAGACACUCAAUGCAGCUUCCAGGGUUCUUAAAGUUGCUUGCAUUCUAGCCCAAGAAUCUAAAAGGUCGGGAAAUAUGAGCCCUGUGAUUGAGAAUAAUCAUUUAAAAGGGGUUACACCUCAUGGUCACCAGAGACUUGAUUCAACUGAGACAGUUCAUAGUUGGACUAAAUGCAUGGAAACAUGCAUGGAACUCUUUAUGGAAUUUUUCUCAGUAGCAGAUGAUGCUAGAAAUUUGGUUUUGCGUGAUUCUACCUGCAUUGAUUGUUUGUUUGAAUUGUUUUGGGAAGAAGGCUUGAGAGAUCAUGUUCUUAGAUACAUUCUUGACCUCAUGAAGAUUACAUCACUAUACGAAGAAGAUCGAAAAGCGAUGUUGUACAUAUGUUCAAAAUAUUUAGAGACCUUCACUAUUGUAAAGGAGCGUGAAAAAAGCUUUACCGAACUGUCUAUUAAUCUAUUGGUUGGAAUGAUGGAUAUACUCCAGACUGAUCCAGUGCAUUACCAGGCUUUAUUUCGAGAUGGAGAAUGCUUUUUGCAUGUUGUCUCUUUACUAAAUGGCAAUCUUGAUGAGGCAAAUGGAGAGAGGUUGGUUUUAGUUGUUUUACAAACCCUUACCUGUCUGCUUGCAAGGAAUGAUGCCUCAAAGGCAGCAUUUAGAGCUCUUGUUGGCAAGGGCUAUCAGACAUUGCAAAGUUUGCUGUUGGACUUCUGUCAAUGGCGUCCAAGUGAAGCUCUUUUAAAUGCACUUCUUGGUAUGCUUGUUGAUGGAAAGUUUGAAAUAGAAGGGAGCGCUCGUAUAAAGUUUUUUUCUUGUUCUAUUUUGGUUCAGAAUGAAGAUGUAAUUAUACUGUUUUUGAGCGUUCUACAGAAGAGCAGUGAGUCCUUGCGGCAUUAUGGUCUCAGUGUGUUUCAGCAGCUGCUUAAGGAUUCCCUUUCCAAUCGAGCUUCAUGUGUUGCGGCAGGAAUGCUUAAUUUUCUUCUUGAUUGGUUUGUACAAGAAGGUGAUGACAGUGUCAUUUUGAAAAUUGCACAACUGAUUCAGGUUAUUGGUGGCCAUAGCAUAUCUGGGAAGGAUAUUCGUAAGAUCUUUGCUCUCCUCCGAAGUGAGAAAGUGGGGACUCAACAGCCAUACUGCUCAUUAUUAUUGACCACUGUUUUAUCAAUGCUAAAUGAGAAGGGACCAACUGCCUUCUUUGAUCUCAAUGGGAAUGAUUCUGGAAUCAUAAUUAAGACACCUGUGCAAUGGCCUCUCAACAAGGGUUUUUCUUUUUCGUGUUGGCUCAGGGUGGAGAAUUUCCCCAGAAGUGGAACAAUGGGCCUUUUCAAAUUUCUGACAGAAAAUGGAAGAGGGUGCUUCGCAGCUGUAGCAAAAGAUAAGCUUAUUUAUGAGUCUAUCAAUCUAAAACAACAGUGUCUUCAGAUGCAUGUUAAUCUAGUCAGGAAGAAAUGGCACUUUCUUUGUAUUACUCAUACAAUUGGAAGAGCAUUUUCUGGGGGUAGCCUAUUGAGAUGUUAUCUUGAUGGUGAUCUUGUAUCCUCUGAAAGAUGCAGAUAUGCAAAAGUCAAUGAUUUAUUGACUAGCUGCUCCUUUGGUACAAAAAUUAUCUUGCCUCAAAAUGAAGAAGAUGAUCCUCGAGAGGCCAUCCAUGUUUCAUUUCCUUUUCUUGGUCAGAUUGGUCCACUUUAUUUGUUUGCUGAUGCUAUUUCUUCUGAGCAAGUCAAGGCUGUACAUUCCCUUGGACCAAGCUAUAUGUAUUCCUUCCUUGAUAAUGAAGCUAUUGCAUGUGGUGAUAACCCAAUGCCUAGUGGAAUUUUUGAUGCAAAAGAUGGUCUUGCAUCCAAAAUUAUAUUUGGACUCAACGCACAGGCAAGUGAUGGCAAGACAUUGUUUAAUGUCUCACCUGUAUUGGAUCAUGCAUUGGAUAAGAAUUUAUUUGAAGCAACUAUAAUGGUUGGUACACAGUUAUGUUCUAGACGUAUGCUCCAAGAGAUAAUUUACUGUGUUGGAGGCAUAUCUGUGUUUUUCCCUCUUAUCACUCAGUCUGAUAGAUAUGAAAAUGCUGAAAGUGGAGUUUUGGAAAGUACACUGCUCCUUCCAGUCGCAAAAGAGCGUCUGACCGCUGAAGUUAUUGAACUUAUUGCUUCUGUGUUAGAUGAGAAUUUAGCAAAUCAGCAACAAAUGCAUCAUCUUUCGGGAUUUUCAGUACUGGGAUUUUUAUUGCAAUCAGUUCCACCUCAGCAACUCAAUAUGGAAACACUCUCUGCAUUGAAGAAUUUGUUUAAUGUUGUAUCAUCCUGUGGAUUGGCAGAGCUGCUCAUGAAAGAAGCCAUAUCUGCCAUUUUUCUUAAUCCCCUUAUCUGGCUGUACACAGUUUACAAGGUGCAGCGUGAGCUGUACAUGUUUCUCAUUGAACAAUUUGAUAAUGAUCCGAGGCUGCUUAAAAGUUUGUGCCGGCUCCCACGUGUUAUUGACAUAAUACGGCAGUGUUACUGGGAUAAUGUGAAAUCUCGGUUUGCCAUUGGAGUCCAACCACUUUUACAUCCUAUUACUAAACAAGUUAUUGGAGAAAGACCUGGUAGAGAAGAAAUACAUAAAAUUCGUCUUCUUUUAUUAAGUCUUGGUGAAAUGAGCCUCAGGCAAAACAUUGCACCAGUAGAUAUAAAAGCCCUUAUAGCUUUUUUUGAAACAAGCAACGAUAUGACAUGCAUUGAGGAUGUUUUACAUAUGGUUAUACGUGCUGUUUCUCAAAAACCAUUGCUUGUAUCCUUCCUUGAACAAGUAAAUCUACUGGGUGGCUGUCACAUUUUUGUCAAUCUCCUACAGAGGGAAUAUGAACCUAUCAGGUUGCUUAGCUUGCAGUUUCUAGGAAGACUUUUGGUUGGUUUGCCAUCAGAGAAAAAGCCAAGAUUUUUCAAUCUUGCUGUUGGAAGAUCAAAAUCUCUUCCAGAAAACAGCAAGAAAAUCAGCUCAAGGAUGCAACCACUCUUCUCAGCUAUAUCUGACAGGUUGUUUAAAUUUCCACAGACAGAUAAUUUGCGUGCCACCUUGUUUGAUGUUCUUCUAGGCGGUGCUAGCCCCAGACAGGUGUUACAGAAAAACAGCCUGGUUGACAAGCAGAGGAGCAGAGGAAAUAAUUCUCACUUUUUCCUUCCUCAGAUCUUACUUCUGAUUUUCAGAUUCCUAUCCGGCUGUGGAGAUGCAUCUGCAAGAAUGAAAAUAAUUAGUGAUUUACUUGACCUUCUUGAUUCAAAUCCUCUGAACAUAGAAGCGUUAAUGGAAUAUGGUUGGAAUGCCUGGUUAACAGCUUCUUUGGAACUUGAUGUGGUAAAAGACUAUAGACCUGAUUCAAGAUAUCAAGGUGACUAUGAGACAAAUGAGAAAAAUCUUGUGAUGAGGGUUUUUUCUGUUGUUCUUUGUCACUAUAUACAUUUUAUAAAAGGUGGCUGGCAACAAUUAGAGGAGACACUGAAUUUUCUACUUCUACACUGUGAGCAAGGUCGCAUAUCAUGCCGAAACUUGCUUUGUGACAUAUAUGACAACUUGAUUCAAAGGCUGGUAGAUUUAUCUGCCGAGGAAAAUAUUUUUAGUUCACAGCCUUGCCGGGACAAUACAUUAUAUUUUCUACGACUGGUUGAUGAGAUGCUUAUCUCUGAAGUUGGCAAUAAACUUCCGUUUCCAGCUAAUAGUGCUGAAUCUUAUCUGGAUUCUUUAGAGUUAGAAAGCCAGAAAGAUUAUACCACUGUGUUGCAUGAGGUUUUGCAAGGAGAAUUUGAUGACAAAGUAUCUGGAAAUCCACGGGCUUCCAGGCAGUCAAUGACAAGUGAAGAUGACAUAACUGGUGAUAAGUGGUGGAACUUAUUGGACAAUUUAUGGAUUGUUAUUAGUGAGAUGAACGGAAAGGGUCCGAGCAAGAUUGGGCCCAGAAUUUCAGCAUCAGUUGGUCCCUCUUUUGGCCAAAGAGCACGUGGCUUGGUAGAAUCUCUUAAUAUUCCUGCUGCAGAAAUGGCUGCCGUUGUUGUAUCUGGGGGCAUUGGCAAUGCAUUGAGUGGAAAACCAAAUAAAAAUGUUGAUAAAGCCAUGGCUUUAAGGGGGGAAAGGUGUCCAAGAAUUGUAUUUCGACUUUUAAUCCUAUACCUCUGCAUAUCUUCCCUAGAAAGAGCAUCACGUUGUGUCCAACAGUUCAUCUCACUUUUGCCUACCUUUUUGGCCAGUGAUGAUGAGCAAAGCAAGAGUCGACUGCAGCUCUUCAUCUGGUCUUUGCUUAUUGUACGAUCCCAGUAUGGAAUGUUAGAUGAUGGUGCUCGUUUUCAUGUAAUAGCACACGUGAUUCGAGAAACUGUAAACUCUGGAAAGUCAAUGCUUGCUACUAGCAUGGUUGGUAGGGAUGACUCAUUUGAUUCGAGCAGCUACUCAAAAGAAAUGGGCUCCAUUCACAAUCUAAUUCAGAAGGAUCGAGUGCUUUCUGCGGUUUCUGAUGAGUCAAAGUAUGUAAAGAUGUUGGAAUCCGACCGUAGCAGACAGUUGCAGGAGCUUCUUACUAGGAUGGAUGAAAAUUCCUCUUUAGAAAUUAAUAACCAGAAGGCAUUUGAAGAUGAGAUACAAAGUAGCUUACACGCUAUUCUUGCUUCAGAUGAGAGCAGAAGGGCUGCAUUCCUGCUUGCCCAUGAGGAGGAGCAGCAAAAUGUUGCUGAAAAAUGGAUGCACAUGUUUCGCACCUUAAUCGAUGAAAGGGGUCCAUGGUCUGCUAAUCCCUUUCCGAAUGGUUCUGUGAUACAUUGGAAACUUGACAAGACAGAAGAUGCAUGGCGGCGUAGACCAAAGUUAAGACAGAAUUAUCAUUUUGAUGAAAAGCUGUGUCAUGGUCCUUCCACUUCCCCUAGUAAUGAGGCUACUUUUCCCAAUAGUGAGAGCAAAUCUAGCUUUGUGGGGCACAUUCCUGAGCAAAUGAAGCAGUUUCUGCUCAAAGGUGUACACAGGAUAACUGAUGAGGGGAGCUCAGAACCUGGUGAGAGUGAUGCUGAACCAAGCGGGCAGUUGGUUAUUCCUGAGGAUCCUUCAGAUGGUCACAGCGUGGAAGUAGUUAAAAGCAGCAGUGAUCAGAUGGAUAUUAUACAAGACAAAAAAGAGUUUUCUUCACCUUCUCUAGAAACAGAAACUAGUGAGGUUGUUAUGUCAAUUCCUUGUGUGCUUGUGACACCAAAAAGAAAAUUGGCAGGUCAGUUGGCAGUCAUGAAAGAUGUCUUGCAUUUCUUUGGUGAAUUUUUGGUUGAAGGCACUGUAGGAUCUUCAGUUUUCAAGAACUUAAAUGCAUCACGCCAUUCUGAGUCAGCAAGGGCUGAUCACAAGCCAAAGUCUUUUAAGUGGUCCAUUCAUCUUGAUAUACAUUCUGGGAAGGGGACUUCUGACAACAUUGAGGCAGAAAACUUGCAUAAAAAACCAUUGAAAAAUGUAAAGCGUCAUCGGAGAUGGAGUAUUGGCAAGAUAAAAGCUGUCCAUUGGACUCGGUAUUUGCUUAGAUACACUGCAGUCGAGAUUUUCUUCAGUGAUUCGGUUUCUCCCAUAUUUAUAAAUUUUGCAUCACAGAAGGAUGCGAAAGAGAUUGGAACCCUUGUAGUCUCUACCAGAAAUGAGCUGUUGUUUCCAAGAGGAAGUAGUAGGGACAAGAGUGGCACUAUUUCAUUUGUUGAUAGACGUGUGGCACUGGAAAUGGCGGAAACUGCUAGAGAGAGCUGGAGGAGAAGGGAUAUAACAAACUUUGAGUAUCUGAUGAUUCUCAAUACACUUGCAGGAAGAUCUUAUAAUGAUUUGACUCAGUAUCCUGUCUUUCCUUGGAUUUUGGCUGAUUACUCAUCUGAGGUUCUUGAUUUUAACAAGUCAUCAACUUUUCGGGAUCUCUCCAAGCCUGUUGGAGCAUUGGACUCAAAACGAUUUGAGGUGUUUGAAGACAGGUAUCGUAACUUCUGUGAUCCUGAUAUACCCAGUUUCUAUUAUGGUUCUCAUUACUCAAGCAUGGGGAUUGUGCUUUAUUACCUCCUCCGAUUAGAACCUUUCACAUCUCUUCACCGUAAUUUACAGGGAGGUAAAUUUGACCAUGCAGAUCGUCUUUUUCAAAGCAUUGAAGGCACAUAUAGGAAUUGCCUUGCUAAUACAAGUGAUGUGAAGGAGUUGAUUCCUGAGUUCUAUUACAUGCCUGAGUUUCUUAUUAAUUCGAACUCUUAUCAUCUUGGGGUGAAACAAGAUGGUGAACCGAUAAGUGAUGUUUCUCUCCCUCCCUGGGCUAAGGGUUCACCUGAGUUGUUCGUAAGUAAAAAUAGAGAGGCCCUUGAAAGUGAGUAUGUUAGCUCAAAUCUCCACCAUUGGAUUGAUUUGGUAUUUGGUUACAAGCAGCGUGGAAAGCCAGCAGUGGAGGCUGCAAAUAUCUUCUAUUAUUUAACUUAUGAAGGUGCUGUUGAUCUGGAUGCAAUGGAUGAUGAGCUGCAGAGAUCAGCGAUUGAAGAUCAAAUUGCAAAUUUUGGUCAGACACCAAUCCAGAUUUUUAGAAAAAAACACCCAAGAAGAGGGCCUCCAAUUCCAAUUGCUCAUCCUUUGUAUUUUGCACCCGCUUCUAUUAAUUUGACAUCUGUUCUUUCUUGUAUGAGUUAUCCACCAUCAGCUGUUUUGUAUGUCGGGUUACUGGACUCGAACAUUAUCAUUGUGAACCAGGGGCUUACUUUAUCUGUUAAGAUGUGGUUGACAACCCAACUUCAAUCCGGUGGAAAUUUCACCUUCUCAGGUUCUCAGGAUCCUUUCUUUGGAGUUGGUUCUGAUAUUCUUUCCCCUCGUAAAAUUGGGAGUCCUCUGGCAGAAAAUGUUGAACUUGGAGCACAAUGCUUUGCAACAAUGCAAACACCGACUGAGAACUUUUUAAUCUCAUGUGGCAAUUGGGAAAACAGCUUCCAACUCGUAUCUUUGAGUGAUGGAAGAAUGGUUCAGAGCAUUCGACAGCACAAAGAUGUUGUCAGCUGUGUUGCAGUUACAGCUGAUGGAAGCAUUCUUGCUACUGGAAGUUACGACACUACAGUCAUGAUGUGGGAAGUUCUUCGUGUCAGAGUCCCAGAAAAGAGAGUUCGAAAUAUGCAGACAGAAGUUCCCCGUAAAGACUGUAUCAUUGCUGAAACUCCCUUCCAUAUUCUGUGUGGUCAUGAUGAUAUAAUUACAUGCCUUUAUGUCAGUGUGGAGCUUGACAUAGUUAUUAGUGGGUCAAAAGACGGAACUUGUGUUUUCCAUACCUUGAGAGAUGGACGAUAUGUAAGAUCUUUACUACACCCAUCUGGUAGUGCAUUGUCAAAACUUGUAGCUUCUCGGCAUGGACGGAUUGUACUUUAUGCUGAUGGGGAUCUCAGUUUACACCUCUAUUCUAUUAAUGGAAAACAUCUUGCUUCUUCAGAAUCCAUUGGGCGCCUUAACUGUGUUGAACUCAGUGGAUGUGGUGAGUUUUUGGUUUGUGCUGGUGACCAAGGACAGAUUGUUGUUCGCUCUAUGAACACACUUGAGGUUGUGAAAAGAUACAAUGGGGUAGGGAAGAUAAUAACAUCCCUAACUGUGACUCCAGAAGAAUGCUUCUUGGCCGGGACAAAAGAUGGAAGUCUUCUCGUGUAUUCUAUAGAAAAUCCCCAGCUACGCAAAGAUAGCCUUCCUCGGAAUCCAAAAUCCAAAGCUUAUAUAACAGGCUAAAGCUAUGAUUCAGGAUGGGAAUGAUUGUUUUGACAAGUAGGGUCUGAUUGGUGACACUGAUCUCAGGAAUGCCUGUGAAAAUUGUAUUCAUUCUUCCAUUUCCGUGCAAAGCAAUAUUGGGGCCAUGUUUGGCCAUGUUUCAUCUAUAUAUUCAGCACAUAAUGAAGAAUGCUGAUUAAUCUUUCAGCAUCGUCCGAGCAUUACAUAUCCAGCAUACAGGUUCUUGCCCGCCCAUUUGUAACAGUAAGAGAUGCAAACUUUUAGAAAUUCAAUUUUCUUUCAGUUCAUAACAAGGAGCUGAGACAGAAAUCUGGAUAUUAACACAUACACAGAUGUACAAUAUUUUCAGACUAGGGUAGGUUUCAAGUCAUUUGUAUUGCCAAUAGCACAUCUCUCAGCUCAUCGUUUUGUUUUUCAAAAUAGCAAAAUGUCAAAAGUCUCAACCCAAACUUUGUACAGAUGGGCUACCAUGCCUGAUUCUAAAGUGAGUUAAAAUUAUUCUUUCCAAGCAUACUCAGUAAAGAUUAAUAACUUCCCUCACCA